CGGGGAGUAUAAAAGCCUAGUUUGAGGAACCGGCAAGCCAUCUCAUUGACACCAGGACGAGGAUCACAACAAUGCAUGCAUCGUUAUUUGUUUGGGCUUUGAUGCUGUUCGCUGGCAACUGCGCUGCAUUUCGUAAGGGAGGCGCAAGAGCUUACUGUGUGGACGCGUUCUCAAGGAGGCACGCACUACAAGAGAAAUGGGUGGAAGUAUAUAAACUGUGCGAGUGCAUCUACCCGGAGAGUCUGCUCUUCUUCUGGAAUGGACGGAACCCGUCUGAUGCCAUCAGCCAUUGUCAGUAUAAUGGCUGUCCCACACUCUCCGGUAGAUGGUUACUGCAAGCAGGGGAAGAAUUUUACAAUGACAGUGGGGACUGGUGUAUUUGUCAGAGGGGUACAAGCCCAUGGCUAAUGGAUGCCGCCACGCUGUUCCACGCCAAGUGUUUCGAUGAAGGCCGGGAGUACUAUAUGGAUUUCGACCAUUCAUAAAUCAGCUCUGUUCUCAAAGUUUGAAUAAACUCACGAUGUCUUCAUUAGAAUUAC